CUUUGCGAGCCUUUUUCAGUUUAAUAUUGUUUCAAAUCAGAUGAACGUUAUUCAGAUGACUCACCAUUUACUCCAUUUUCAAACGGGUAGGACCCAAUUUGCAAGCUCAAAAAGCAGGAUCUGCAGACGACUUUCGUAUAACGGUUGUUUUUUCUCAGUGUUUCGACAUGGGAGAAUCGACAUGCCUCAUGCAUUCUGUAUCAUUCACCUCUGGCAUGCCCAUUGAAUCCAAUAAUCAUGGAAACAAUUUACAUGCUCUUGGGGAUUCGGUGUCUUUCGGGAGAUUCACAUCGGAGUCGUUAGCUUGGGAAAAGUGGUCAGCUUUUUCGCAUAAGCGAUACGUUGAAGAAGCCAAGAGUUAUGCCCAACCGGGGUCUGUUGCGCAGAAGAAGGCAUUCUUCGAAGCUCAUUACAAGAAAGUCGCUGCUCAAAAGGCGGCUGCAGCAGCUGCAUUGGCUGAGCAAGAAAAGGCGAAAUCCCAAACUGAAGAAACAGAAACAGUUUGUGAUGUAAAUCAUGGUGCUCAUGAUUUAGAAGCAAUAGCGUUGCCGACACGAACGCCAAACUUACAUGAUUUACGAACAAGUAUGGUGCACACAAAUAAAUCGCAACCCAUAGCGUCGAGUUUGAAAAUGGCUGUUAAUGAAGAACAGCAGAUCUUAACUCAAGAUGCUGUUAAUCAUAGUUCAACUGUCAAUUUAGUUGAACCUCAAACUGAGAAGACUGUGGUUGCUGCUGAUAUAAAGAAUAAGGAAUUAUUAAGUAAUGUUCAGGAUGUUGAGGAUAGUGCUUCUGUUUCUGUUUCUGUUUCAGUUUCAGAGGAUAGUAGAACAUCUCAAAUGGGAAGACCAUUGUUGAAGUCAAAAUUGAACACAGACCAAGAAGUUUUGCAGCCCAAGAUCAAGAGGAAACCAGCUGUACCGUCUUUUAGGUCAACAUCAGUUGGCAAAAAACCGUCUAGAAUCCCAUAUUCACCAGCAAAAUAUGUAGCUUCUAUGCAUUCGAAGAAAGAAAAUAUGGUCACUCCAAGAACCAAAAACUCGAAUACAAUCGAAUCAAUUGAUCAAAAGAAAUCAGCCCCAAGAUCUUUGUACACGUUGAUGAAAUCCGGUUCGGUUAAAGAACCAGUCAAGUUAAACUCCCCAGCGGUUCGAAAGACGGAAAGUACAAAACUUGCUCCCGGUGCACAUUCGACACUGAAAUGCUCUGCAACGCCUAUGAUAACGCCUUCUAAGGUUACAAAUGCGGUGAAUAAGCAACCGUUAGCAACCCCUUCGGUAACAAGAAGGAUGGAAACACCUGUUCAUCCUUCAGCUGUUGGAAGCAAAACACCUGGCCAAAAAUGGCACAUUUUCUCAGCUGUCUCAAAGUCCCUUAGCGCAUAUAGAAACAAGUUACAAUCACCAACUGUAUCAUCCCCGUUCACCUUGCGAACAGAGGAAAGAGCCGCCCGAAGAAAACAGAAGCUCGAAGAAAAGUUUAAUGAAAAAGAAGUGCAGAAAGUGCAGCUGCAAACGACAUUAAAGGAGAAAGCCGAGACUGAAUUCAGAAGACUGCGACAAAGCUUUUGCUUUAAAGCUCGACCACUACCUAGCUUCUAUAACGAAAGAGAAACACCAAAAAGCUCAAUAAAGAAGACUCCACAAGCAAACCUAAGGUCACUAACACCUGCACGAAAACCUCCGACGACAAUCUCACAGCAUUCUGAGACCAAGAAGUCUUCUAGAAGACUUUGGAAAACUAAUGAUCAAAACCCGAAUACUCAUCCUCUGGCUUCAUUAGCAAGGCGGAUAAACCAUGAGAAUAUUUCUCCAAAUAUUCAGAAUUGAACUAUAGCCUAAUUAUUGUGAUUCGACUUCUAGUUGAAAUUCAUGUUCUGUGCAUAAUAUUUAUUGAUUCAUGUCUUUAGGGAUUACAUUUCCAUUACUAUCUGUCAUUGCAAACAUUUCAGUAUGAAGGCAAUAUAUGUUGUACUUGAGAAAUA